UCUUCUGCGCUUCAGUAGUGACGAUCUUAGGAAAGAAAGACGAAGAUGGAGCGCCUUCUGUGUCUCUCCAGUUCGUCGCCUACUUCAGUUCUACGAGUCACCGAAACGGCUCCGCGUUUCACCGGCUCGCCGAUCUCUUCCCCUUCCGCGUCGAGGCCUAAUCUCUCCGUGAGCUGCAGAGGGAGAUUCGGCGACGCCCCUCUCGACAGCUCGUCGGCUCGCGGUGUCCUCGGCGUCGAGCCCAUCUGCUCCGCUGCCGAGCUCAAAGCCGCUUUCCGAGCCAAAGUGAAGCAGUACCAUCCUGACGUGAACAGAGAUGGUGAUUCUGAUGCGAUGAUUCGGCUCGUGAUUCAAGCUUACGAGAUGCUAUCCGACUGCAGCCGGUCUGAAAUCAUUGAGAGCGAAUGCCUGGAUCCUUUUGAUGAACCAGAAUGUGAAGCACUUGAUCUGUUUGUGAAUGAGCUUCUUUGUGCCGGCAAAGGGUGUCCGUCCUCAUGUGUCAAAGCAGCCCCACAUGCUUUUACAUUUGCUACAUCUGCAGGAACUGCUCGUGCAACUUCCCAAGGAAAUGGUGAUGACUAUCAGGUGCACCUUGCUGUUGGCCAGUGCCCCAGUAAUUGCAUUCAUUAUGCGACUCCUUCUCAGAGAAUUAUCCUAGAAGAAUUACUUGACAGCAUCUUGGACGUGCCUUAUGAUACUUCUGCUGAGGCAGAUCUGCUAUACUCUUUAAUUGUGAAAGCCAAGUUCGAGAAUAAUCGGUUCCGGAAGCCAAAGAAGCAGCCGAAGAGUUCAACCAAACAUGUAGAUUGGUACUGAAAUGUGAAGCGCAACUGAUUGUAUUGCAGUAACAGCAAUGAUGCGUUACUCCAUUCAAGGACUGCAAGCUGAUGCUACCAUGGAUAUGGUUGUCAAUAAUCAAUAUAGGUGGUACUAGACGAUAGAACCUCAUCACCCGAGCCAGCGCAAAUUAGUUCUGCAAUCAUUCUUUCAAGGAUAAUCUGGUUUUUGCAUGCAUUUUGUAGGAUUUCAUUGUAUAGCUUCUUAAUCAUUGUACCGAUAGAGAUAUACCUAUGUACAUCAAUGCAGAAGAGUUCGGAAAA